CAAAUAAUAUCCAUCCUCUCAAACACACUCUUCUACUAAGCUCUAGUAGUUAACUUGCUAGAAGCACAUAUUCGAAGAGUUUAAGAGAUAAUGGCUUCCAAAACUUGUUCCUCCUUAGCUCUUUUUCUCACACUCAACCUCAUCUUCUUUUCACUUGUCUCCGCUUGUAAUUAUGGGUGCCCCGGUUCAAACUCAAACCCAAGGCCCAGGCCUAGCCCUAGGCCCGCAAACCCCAACCCUAAUCCUUCAAGUGGCUCGUGCCCACGUGACGCGCUCAAACUAGGCGUGUGUGCCAAUGUGCUGAACGGGUUGUUAAAUGUGACAUUGGGUGAGCCACCGGUGAAACCAUGCUGCACCCUCCUAAAUGGCCUUGUUGAUCUUGAGGCUGCAGUGUGCCUCUGCACCGCCUUGAAAGCUAAUAUUUUGGGCAUCAACCUCAACCUACCCAUCUCACUCAGCUUGCUUCUCAAUGUUUGCUCAAAGCAAGUCCCUCGUGACUUCCAAUGUGCCUGAUUAUCGCCUAUACAUGACAAAUUAUCUUGAUCUACUUUUGCUUCGUGUUUGUGACUUUCUAAUAUUGCUCUUUCUUAUUCCAUCCAUUUACCACUUUGAGAUUCUUGUACGUGCAUGAUGAUUAACAUCUUGUUAUUCCUUUGAUUCAGUGUUUAUUUUAUGUGGUCAUAGUAUCACAAUAAGGAAAGUAUAUGUGUUUUGCAUUGCCUAUGCAAAUGGCAAGUGAACCAAAAUGAUGUACUAGUGUUAAUUAUUUAUUUCAUUGAGAAAUGAAAUUGGUUUAGUGUCA